AUGGCCAAUAGGGGGCGCAGCUCGUAACAUCCCGUCAUUGUUUAUUGCAAAAUGACGGAAAACAGCGCGUCGCCGGAGGAUCACUGGCUCAAACAGACGGACGGCGCCUUCAGCGACAACGGCUUCGAUCACAGUUUCUUUGCCGAGAGUGCUCACAAAGGAAGUUUGGUGUCAAGAGCCAACAGCAUUGGAUCCACAAGUGCCUCUUCAGUACCAAACACAGAUGAUGAAGACAGUGACAACAGACAUGAGACGCCCUAUAAGGAGUCGUAUAAAGAUCGGAGGAGACAGGCACACACACAGGCAGAGCAGAAACGCAGAGAUGCCAUCAAGAAAGGCUAUGAUGACCUGCAGUUUAUAGUGCCUACAUGCCAGCAGCAGUCGGACUUUGCCAUGGCCACACAGAAGAUGAGUAAAGCUACAGUCCUGCAGAAGACAAUCGACUACAUUCAGUUUCUCCACAAAGAAAAGAAGAAGCAGGAAGAGGAUGUUUCCACUCUUAGGAAGGAGGUGAUGGCGCUGAAAAUUAUGAAAACGAACUAUGAGCACAUUGUGAAGGCCCAUCAGAAUAACCCUCAGCAGGGCAGCGAGCAGGUUUCAGAUCAGGUGAAGUUCAGUGUGUUUCAGAGCAUCAUGGAUUCUCUGUUCCAGUCCUUCAGUGCCUCAGUGUCAGUCAACAGCUUUCAGGAGCUCUCUGCCUGCGUCUUCAGCUGGAUCGAGGAACAUUGCAAGCCCCAGACGCUGAGAGAGUUUGUGGUGACUGUGCUGCAGCAAGUGAAUGGUCAGCUGUACUGAAGCUGUCUGUCUGUCUCUCAGGCUAAUAGCUCAUUCAAGAACAGUCUCUCUAAUGGACUGCGGUGCGUUCAAGAACUCUGAAGAGAUGUAGCAGCGCUUGCUCAAGUAUUGACUGAUAUAGUGAAGUGUUUAUGGCAGUGAUUCCAAUCAAAAAAUGUGGAAAUGCAAUAAUUUAGUCAAAUUGUCAAAAUGUCAUUUUCU